CUCGUAAUUAUAAUUCGAAAUGAAAUAAACUCUAUUAAAACGUAGGCUGUAUACUAAAUUCCAUUGCUUUCCCACUACUUUAAUUAAAAAGUGGGUAAUUUAAUUUUGUGCCGCGUUUUUUCUUGUGAAAUUUGUAAUGUAGUUUCUCGUAAAUUAAUUUGCUAUUAACUAUGUUCUAUGAUAAAAGCGUUAUGAACGGUGAUAAAUUGGGAAAUGUUUGGAAAAGCGCAAAUAACAUGACAACAGGCAAUGUUGCAGAUUUAAGUUUACCAGAAAUAUGUACCGAGCUAGAUUCCUUGGUUAAUAGCGAAGCUGAAGAGCCCCGUAAGAGGCUAUCGCUUAGAGCCUCUUCCAACCUCAUUGGGGGUGCAGCUAAGCUCUAUAAAUGUAGUAUACAUCAGCUAUUCGAAGAUGUGAAUAAACUGGAUGAAGAGAUAUGGCGACGUAAAAGACCGCAGUCAAUUAAUACAAGUUCCUCUGAAACUGAUUCUUCUGAAUCGGUUACAUCUCCAGACGGAAUGAGACGACAAGCCACAUACGAACUCGUUUUUAAUAAAAACGAUUCUACCAUCAUUUCAGACACAUCUCUAUCUCCAUAUAAAAGAAGCAGAAUAGAUUCAAUCACCAAAGCGACUCCAAAUUAUACUUUUAGCAGAUCUACUGACAGUGCAGAUAAAGAAUCUUCUGAGUGUGACGUCACUGGUCACUGUUCUAGAACAUACUGUGACGUCACUUUGGAUGAUUACGAAUUGACAUCUAGCAGUGAUAAUCAAGCGGAUAAAGAGGCACAUGCCGAUAGCACAGAAGAAAACAGAGUCGAUAAAGAAGUACAAACAUCUCCUAUACAUCUUACCUCAUCUUCAUUACAAACUGAUAUGGAAAAUGGAUUCGACACGAGCCUUCCAUUUGCCUACGUAUUGAUACACGAUAACUAUCGAUCAAGGUUCCCGAGCAAAAUGAUUUUCACUUCUAUUAAUAAUGAUGUAAACCAUCUUUAA